ACUCAAAGCUGAACAAGAAGAGCGCAGCUCCUGUUAUAAACCCUACCUAGGGCGCUACUCAUCAGCUGAUUGAAGAGCUCAAUAAUGCAGUGUGGUGGUUCAGGUUACAGCUAUAGCUGUAAACAUAAAUGUUAAACCAGUAGUUAAAAGAGUGCCGUGAAGGUGGAAGACAAGGAGGCGUGUUCACGCCACCAUGUGAUCGGAAAUUACUCCUGCAGAGAGAGACAAAGUGUCAAAACAAGGGAAGCGGAGAGUUUGAGCGGGUUCUUCAGGAUUUAAGGAGCUGCUUUUAUUCAGCAACAGUUUCACAGUCUCGCUGCUUCGCUUUGUCUUCUUUUCACCACAGUCAAACCUAGCAAGCCACCUUAGUAAGCUAAGGGUUGUUCUGGGGUCAGACUGCUGAAAUGACAAAGCUGUGACAGUGGACACUCAAGAGUCUUCCUGCUGGCCCAAAUCGAGUGACAUGGCUGCUGCAAAGAAGAGGCGUGCAAAGGUGGGAGGCGUCCGCUUCCCUGAGGAACUUUCCUCCGUCGGAGCAACGUCCCACGUUCAUUUUGACGAAAAGCUGCAUGACUCUGUUGUCAUGGUGACCAUGGAAGAAGACGGCAACUUCAUGGUCAAGGUUGGCUUUCUGAAGACGCAGCAUCGCUAUGAGAUAGUGUUCACCCUGCCGGAGGUCCCAGCGGUGGGUAAAGAUGUGUGUCCGGCUCCUUUACCCAACCCACACCUCAAAAUCACCGACAUCUCAGCAGCGCCAGAGGGAGGCCUGAAGAUAACGUGCGAGUACUUGGCCCUGCAGGAGGGCGUUCUCUGCGAGGAGGUGCUGCUGCUGAGCGAGACCAGCGACGACGUCUGCAUCAGGGUCAAAGUUCACGCCAGAGUCAUGGAUCGUCAUCAUGGUACGCCCAUGCUGCUGGAGGGCGUUCGCUGUAUUGGCACGGAGCUGGAGUACGACUCGGAGCAGAGCGACUGGCAGGGAUUCGACUGAACCUAAAGCCUCCAACUCCCAGUUGCACCUGCAGAAAAACAAACACUCUCAUCUGCCAUGUCAGAGGUUUACACCCACCUUAAGGCUCAGAAAUGUCAUCUUGUCACAUAAGAAACAAAAUAAAAGCUUCCAUUCUGAUUUA